AUUACUAAUUGGCAAUGUAAUAUCUUAGAUUAUAGGAACAGGAAGAAGUAAAAAUGGGACGAGGUUCUCUCAGGAAAUUGAUAGGAGGAGGAGCGAUGGCCUCAGACUCAGAUAGAGACGUUUUCAGCAUCUCUGGCCCCUUCCAUCUUACAUCUAUUGAUUGGACCAAUUCGUACCAUCGAACGUCAGUAGCAUCAAGUUUGGUAAAUGGAGUGUACACAAUGGAACGUGACAAGCAAGAGAAACGGGUAGGUUCCGAAUCACAAGCCAUGCCCUGGUGGGAUUUUUUCAACUUCUCUUUAGUCGAAACCUUGAUUGACGACUACGACGGCUCCAUAUACGGUGCUGUUUUUGAAUACAAGCUCUCCAACCUUUGCCAAAAUACCUCACAUGUGAAAGCACCUCCACGUUAUGUGAUUGCAUUCCGCGGCACGAUCCUAGAGUCAGAAACUUGGAUGACUGAUGUGAAACAUAACCUCAAAUUCAGCUUCAACACCCUCCAUGAAGGUGGUAGGUCUUUGCAGGCCAUACGAGCAAUACGCAAUAUGGUGGAAAAACACAACCAUUCAGCUAUAUGGCUCGCUGGACACUCUUUGGGAGCCGCCCUAGUGUUGCUGGCUGGAAAGACCAUGACAAGUUUUGGAUUCCUCCUCGAAAGUUACAUAUUCAACCCACCCAUCUCGUGUAUUCCUCUAGAGCAGUUACCUGGGGGAAAAAAGAUUAAAGGUGUGUUUCAAUUCACGAAGACUGUCGUCAAAGCCACCGUAGCCAUGGUCUUAACCGAUCUUCAGGUUCAAGAAGACGAUCCAAAAACAGCAUCAUGGAUACCUUAUUUAUAUGUGAACCCAGAAGAUCCAAUAUGUGCAGGAUACAUCGAUUACUUCAAACACAAAACCUUCAUGUCUAAGAUCGGUGCAAGCAAAAUCGAGAAAGCCGGCGCUGGAAAGUCAGUUAGGAGUCUAUUGAUGGGAAAAUCAUCAUCAUCGGAUUUGUCAACGGAACCUCUUCACCUUCUUCCAUCAGCAGAUAUGAUUGUAAACAAGAACAAACCGACUAAGUCUAUGACAGCUCAUGGACUUCAUCAAUGGUGGGAGCGAGACUCGGCCAUGAGGGAAAAUUGGGAAAGCUGUUGCAUUAGGCCUUACUAUGAAGACAAAUUGCAGCAACUGACCAUAGAAUAAACAAUAAAAAUGAAUGUCACAUUUGGUUUGGUUAUAUGGCUUUAUGCCUUUUAUAUCUUCCAUUUCGUGUUUGUCUCUAUGUCCCCAUGUUUUAUAACCUUUUCCCUUUAUAUUGCUUCUUUUAGUUUUUUUUUUUGUUUGG